AUGGAAGUGACUCUCUCACAGAUCCCAGACGUUUUCAGACCAUACAGUGGGCCAGUGCUAUUAGUCGCCGUGUCGCUAAUAUUAUCGGCAUUUGCUAUACAAUUAAAGCUGCUACCACGUCCUCUUAGGUCGCUUGAUGGGGGUAGCGUUAAGCAAUCUGCGACAUCAAAAUUGUCAGUCAAAGAUGCGCUACCAGAGGUGAUAAUUGAGCCUGUUGAUCCGAAUUUCGAUUGGGAAAAAGAGGAGCCAGCUCCUUACAGGCCUUUCAAGAACGCACCUUAUCGGGUCAAUAUGGCUAUUCAGAAAGCCGAUCCGCAAAACAUCAUUGUGAUUGAAAAUACUUAUCUGAAGUCCACAAAGCUCAGAGAAAGGAUUAUGAAUGAAAGAGCUGAGAUCUCUAUGGCUUGCCAUCCUAGCGCAGAAGCCGCGCUGAAAGAAUUGUAUUGCACCGUAACAGAUUUCCUAAUGAAGAAAUAUCCGAUGUAUUUCUUUACAAAGGAUAAUGGUACCACCUUUUAUAACAAGAUCAAAGAUGAAUCUUUUCCACUGGAUCCUACCUUGGAGGAUCGACUAGAAGUUCUCAAAUUUCUAGGACGCACCAUUGAGGAAGACUUUAUUAUUUUACUCAAAAAUGGGGACGAGGGUGAAUUGCAGAACGAGUAUGUCUGGAGAGCAGGAGUGUCCUGCUACCCAAAUGGAUUUGUUCCCGGCGAAAAAUUCAAUAAACCUUUGACUGCAAUCCAUGGUCCUGUCCCGCAAUACCUUGAGCGGCUGAAAGUUUCAAUGAACAGAUUCUUUGAGAGACUUCGCGUCAAUGAGUUUGUUGUUAGGUACAACUGGAGUAUGCAGGCACAUACUAACAUAUUCGCUCCUUCUAUGAAUCACGGAUCCCGCACAUCAUCGUCAGUCAAGCCGCUUUCUCCUGAAGAUCUGGAUUUCAACAAAGUCUUUAUGCGAGUCGAAAAACAGUGUUUUACAAGGUUACCAAGGACCAAGGCCGAUAUCAUGUUUAUUAGGACUUACACCACUCCGGUGACAAAAAUCAAAGCCGAAAAUAGGGCUGAGGACUUUUGCGGCGCCAUCGACGGUUUGUCAGAUGAUUUUGCUAUUUAUAAGAAUAAGAUUCUCUGGGGAGAUGCAGUUAAGGCAUACCUCAAAGGUGAGUCAAGCGGUUUGACAGAAGAGGUGUACGAUUUCGAUAUCUUUGAGGCCCAACUUAAUGGUGCACUUAUGAAAAAAUAG